UGAUUUUCCAGCGCGACAAUUUUGAAGCUCCUUAAAGCGAACACGCCCCCACACAGCUGGUGCGAAAGCAGGUCCAGGUUCCCAUGUCGUCUUUUUCGGCACUUUUCCGACGAGAAAUGAUGACCAAUGUGGUUUUCCGUGCAUGGCAGGCGGUCAGGCCGCAUGUUCCGCUCAUCAAGUUCCGCAAUGGCAGUGCUCCUGUUGAUAACGUGAGAGUGGUUGCAGCCGCUGCUGCUUCUGCACCGUCCUCUUCUGGAAAAGCUAGCUUCAAGCCUGUCCAGAAGGGUCCCAUCAUCGAAGACUGGCAGCUGCCCUACCGCUACAGAAGACAACAGCUGAGCCAGCAAGAAGUAGACUUCAUUAAUCGCGGUGGACCCGAAUAACUGCGAUGAAUCUGAGAAUAGAAGAACAUUUUACCUAAGGAGAAAGCUGCUUGAUCAUCAUCCUCCUUCCGGGUCAUCAUGUAGUCCUCUUCAGUACUAAUGCAAUAAUUUAAGUAUGUUUGCAAUGUGUAAAUAAUAAUCGGUAUUUCAAACUAUGGAAA